CUAUAAUUUUAUGCAAAAAGCUAGCAUUUUUAAUAGGAAUUUCAAGUUGCUCUUCAAUAAAAACAAGUACUAAAAUUUGACUGGUAAAUUGAAAAUGCAUUUUUGUAGCUUAAUAAGGGCAUAAUCAAAGUCAUUUAGGAUGGGUAUCUCCAGUAGAUUACAGAUUUGGAAGAAUCAUGUUGUAUCUCACUUGUGGUAUAGGAUUCUAUUGUGCCUAUUAAGACCCAGGAGUCUUACAUGAAACAGUAUAAUUCAAUUUUAAUUUUAGUUUGGCCAUUUCAAAUAACCACCCAGAUAUGUAUUGGUAUGAUUUCUUGAAUUAAUAAACAUAGGGAUUUGGAAAAGGACUUGAAGCAGAUGAGAAGAAUUUGAAUCAAUAAAUAUUGGAUAGACAUCAUGCAGAAGAACAAUUAGAGCAUUUCAAACACAACCUUACCCAAUAUGAUGGCAAAUGAUAUAAUAAAUAAAUACAAAAAAAUUCAUGAAAU